AUGGCCCGUAGGAGUACGCUUAAUCGCACGCUGAAAUUUAUGUUUGUUCUGUUCGGUAUUUGGCCGGGCAUGUCGUGCGUUGUGGUCUGCAGGAUAUUUUGGGUCGUCACGUUAGCGUUCGUCGAGUAUUGUCAUUAUCAUUAUUUUCUGACGCAUAUAUACACCGCCGAGCUUCUCGAUUUGAUGGACUGCUUGUGCAGUUUCCUGGCACACGCCAAAGUGUUAAUUAAGUUUAUCCUGUUUUGGCUGAAUCAACAAAACUUCGUCGAGAUCUUGUCGAUGAUGUCAGACGACUGGGACGAUUGCGCCAAGAACGACAUCGAACUUCGCGAGACGGAAUGUAAGGCGAAAAUAUCGGAUCGUAUCAUGAACUCGAUAGUCAUGCUACACACGAUAACGAUCAUCGCGUAUUGCACCGGCGUUGUCAUAGAUGACGUCGAUGUCACCGACCGCACCACGGAGCUGCCCUAUGUCAACAAGUUAGAUAUCCCCUUCAAUGUUAACACGCAACUGAUGUACAGAACCAUAUUAAUCGUAGAAUACUUGUACAUGAUAAUGUGCUGCUGGGCAGCCGGCGUGACGAACGUAUUAUUGUUGAGUCUGACGUUACACGCCGCCGGUCAGAUGGAAAUUCUGCGCAACUGGUUCACACAACUUAUACCCCUAGCGAAUGAGGACAAAUAUAAAUCGAUCGAUGUUACGCUAAAUCAGAUUGUACGGAAACAUCAGAAAAUCAUCGACUUUUCAGAAAGCAUCGAAAACCUCUACACUCAGAUUGCGUUACUGCAAUUCGGAUCAAACCUGAUACUGAUUUGUUCAUUGGGUUUUCUUGUCGUAACGGCAAUCGGCAGCCCCAACGCGACAGAGCAGAUAACGCGGUCCCUCUUGUUCUACGCUAUAACGAAUAUCGAAGCGUUUAUAUUUUGCUACGCCGGGGAAUAUCUGAGCAACAAGAGCAAAUUAAUCGGCGUUGCGGCGUACAACACCGCGUGGUACGAUUUGGAGCUCAGAGAGAGCAAAGUUCUGUUGUUUGUUAUAUUACGAUCGCAGAGGCAACUGACGCUCACAGCCGGCAAGAUGAUGGAUCUCUCCUUAGAAUCCUUCGCCAGUAUCAUGAAUGCCUCUGGAUCGUACUUGUCGGUGCUGUUGGCGAUGCAAUGA